CAUGAUUUCACCACUACUGAAAGCCCAAAUGGACGAACGUACUGCUGGGCUUUCAUGUGUCAGCCGCAGUUCUCGCCCUGUGCCUUUCCAUCCUGUUAUAUAUUUCAACUUCAAUCUUGAUUAGAUGCACAUUUAACUGCGUUCCUCACAAGUUACCGAAAAGAGCUCGUAAAGAGCUCGUUAGUAAUUUGCUAAGAUUCGUUACCAGACUGGGCUACGAAGUUACUCCGAUCCCUGCAAAGUCUAUGUACGCAUAUCACAAAUGUGUAUUUAACAUCCUACAACUGCUUUUAGCAUUGCUUUUCGAGGGCCUCGCCUACAGUAUCUCUAGUCACCUUCCUUGUAGGGAUGCGCAGUAUGCAAUUUGUUGAGCUAUACAAUCAGGAUUCCGUACACAUGGUUAUAGCUCUGGACUAAUAUCCUUUAAACACCUCUGGAGGAGGAAAGGGUCCAAGCGUCUCGUGCGCAAGCGGUUGGUUUGCACAACUCCAGCGACCCUCGGCCGUUGCUGUGAGCAGGGGCACAAGCAAUUUCGCGUUGUUGGUUCUCUUGGCUGCCUCGGGCAUCCUUCCUAUCCAUUUCAUUCUGGUUAGGCUACAUCCUACUUCAGUCUCAGACUUAUCGCGCUGCAGCCGGCGGGCCAGGGCCCGGCGCAUAGGCACUGGCCCAUGCUCGACGCCGAAAGCGCCUGCCUUUCACUGAGGCCGGCUACCGGCGCACACCUCUCAUAACGGCACAUGGCGGCGUCUUUGGCGCAAACUAUCGCGCAGCAAAGGAGCAUCGGUGGCAGUCACUAUCUCGUCCAUGGCUCCAACGAUUUGCAGGAAGCCCCGUCCCUGGGGCCUCGCAAUGAACCACAACUGCGCGUCGGAAGCAGCGUGCACGCUUGCUUGGUCGAAUCUAGCAGCCUCUGUAACGAGUCAACGGUAAACCUAGGUCCCCUUCCAUCCCAACAACCCAACAACGACCGCGUCCCAUGCAGCUGUGCGGGCGACGCUGCCCUCCUGCCCGACUCCCUCCCAUCUCACCUCUGCCGCUGCAACAGCGGAAACCACGUCAACCCCUCGCGUUCAGAGACGUCGGGGCUCGCGCCCGGGUCGGAAGGGAGCGGUGCGGACGUGCGAUUGGCAGCGGCGGCCGGGGCGGCUUGGGAGCAGCAGCAGCGGCAGGACGCUGGCAGGGCGGGAGCAGCAGCGGCAGAGGGAGGGAGACAGCAGCGGUUUCAGGACGGGGAGCGUCCUAGCCAAAGGUCUACGGCGGAUAGGGCAGCGGGGGAAAGUACGGCGGUAUUGGGACCCGCAGCUGCUGCUGGGGCUGCGGCUGGCACCUCCUCCGGGGAAGUGGGGAGCCGCGGUCGCUGUCCGGGAAUUGCCCGACACGGCGCCACGGAGGGAGCGGAGUCCGCUUGGAUGAGGGAGGACAAGCAGCAGGUGCAGCUGCAGCCAUUGCGGCGGCAGCAGCGGCAGCAACAGCAGCAGCUGGAAGGGGGUUGUGGAGCCACGAACGGGGAUGCGUUGCCAGCUAACGGCAUGCCCGCAGCACCCAUGGGCCUUGACCUCCCUUCCCGGAAUCCCUCGUCGUCAUCUCAGCAGCAGCAGCAUCACCAUUACCAUCGCCACCACCAUGCUAGCCUGCAAGCUAACCAACAACAAGAAGUGGAGCAGCAACGGCACCACCAGCAGCAGCAGCAGCAGCAACUGGGGCGACGACAAACAGAGCCGCAGCAGCAGCGGCAUGACGAGUCUGGGGCCCAGCCGGCGGCACCAAUAGCCCACCCGCAUCCGGACACGUCCAACCGCAAUCAAACCCAAGUUAGCAGCGGCCGCCGCCGCGACGGCGCCGGCAGCACUGCCACCGCCAGUAGCAUUGGCAGUAACGGGAACAGCAACAGCCGUAGCCGUAGCCGGGCCGGCAGCAGCAUCAGCAGCCGCCACUCCAGUGGCCGAAGCCUCCUGGUUGCUUCCCGCACCGACCUUUCCUCUGCUCCCGGCUCCCAAACCUUCCAAAGCCCUAAGCUGACCGAGGCAGGCGGCAGCAGCUGCAGCAACAGCGUCAUGCCACAAGGAGCUCCUAGCUCUCUCCUCACCGCCUCCUCCACCACAAUCACAACCGUAGCGGGUAAUACCGUUAGUGCCGUUGACAUCAUGUUGAACACUGCUACAACCACCGCAGCAACAACGGCCAACAGCGCCACUACCGCUACCACCACGCCCACAGCCUGCAUCACCAGCGGCCACGGCGACAGCGGUUUCAACAGCACCACCAGCAGCUUCCAGGGCGCUGCGGCGGCGGCUGCUGCUACUGCUGCUAACAACCCCCUCGUCGCCGCCACGACAGACCUCCGAACCGCUCGUUCACUCCCCGCACGACUCCAAAUCGCCUCCAAAUCCGACAGCUCCGCCCUAGAGUCCAUAUCCGCCGCCGCCGCCGCAGGCGUCGCCAUUGCCCCCUCCGCCAACCGCUUCCCUCUCCGUGCCCCGGGUAUCUUCAGCAGCAAAAGCGCGGGCAGCGCCCUCACGACCGCUCCCGGGGGUUCCGGCGGUUCCGGCAUCGGCCUGGGAGGAGGUCUGACCGCAGCUACAUCCGCAGCAGCAGCACUACAUGGAGGAGCAGCAGGAGGAGGAGGAGGAGGCCUCUUCAACCGCACCUCGCUCAGCACCACACCCUCUCCCUCCACCGCCUCUCCGGUGUAUGAAAACGAACCCGCGCUGCGUAUGAUCUCAUGCACCCUGCGCGCGUCCAACAUCUCGCGCCCGCCGGGUUCCCGCGCCCGAGGCCGCGUGUGCACACCCGAGGAGCUAAGUAAGAAGCUCCUUGCGGAAUCGGGCGGUGCUGCGACCAAGGUGCUGCUUACCAGGGCUGCAGGGGGGCUGGCGGAUCUGCCGCCGCCGCCGCCCAAGGCACCCUGGGGCUCCUUCCCGCCCAUUGCGGAAGACGAAGCGGCGCAACAGCAGCAGCAGCAACAGCUGCAUGGUGGUGGUUAUGGAGGGGGAGAGGGGGCAGGGCAUGGGGAGGGGGUGCUGUUGCGUCGGGUGAAGACGUGUGGGUGCGUGAUAUCGUGAUGGGAUGGUGGUGGUGUUGAUAAUUGAUGAUGAUGAAAGCCUGGGGUUGGAUUGCCGUACACAUGGGUUAGGACCGUAUAUGUGAGGGAACCAAGCGGAAGUGGGUGUGGGGGGUAGGGGGUUGCUGUACCGUGCGUUGAAGGGGGUGGGGUUAAGGAGGGCAUGAGGGCGAAGGAAGGAGAUCCAAGAAAGCCCGUGGCUUGUGGGGUGGGGGUAAUGUGUUUUUGAUGCGGCUGCGGCUGUAGAGGAUGUUACAGAAGCAAGUGGGGGUGUGUCUAUUGUCCGGAUGUUUUUUUGAUGUACGACUACAAAGAAGGCGUGAUUGGUGAAGGCGCUGUCUUUAGGUUUCGUCUCACACGAAGAACGUUUGGCUUCGACGCCUUCGAGGUGUGGCGGGGGGGGGGGCUGGAUUCCGUUGAAACGUGGGAGCCGCUGGUUGCAUGCCGCCUGCCAGCAUGCGCAGCGUGUUCAUGCUGGGAUCCAUCGCCUGUUGGUUGGGCCGUUGCUUGUUGGGGCCGUUACCUGGGGACCGGUGCGGGGGAGGAUGAGAGGUGUAUGUAGGGGGCCGAGAGAGGUUUGUGGGCUAGACAGGGCCGCUGUUGAAGAUGCGCGUAGGGCUGCUGUGCAAAAGGGAAAGUUAAAAAGAAGAGCAACAAGGAAAAGAAGAUAGCGAACGAGCUCGGAGGUAGGAUGACGGGAGUAGCGGUGUGAGCAUGUGGCCUUGGAAGAAGCCGUGGGUUACGGCCCUAGUCGGAUUGGCUAGGGACAGGUAGAGGAGCCAACAAGGAGGAAGGGAGGCGGCGGAUGGCAGCUGCUUGAGGCUUUGGUUUGCUUUGACGCGCCUGGGCAGUGAUACUGCUGUUGCGUUGUUGCGGGCUGGUAGCGUUGUUUUCGGACCCCAGGCUGCUCUCCUCAACGAGAGCACACGAGAGCAUUCAUACUGGCGAAGGGUACCUGUUAUGCGGUCAAGUUCGGAUUCAUGUGUGUGAGGAGUCUGGUAAGGAGGCCAGUGUGUGGAGCCAGGUGGUUGGAGUCAGGUGGUUGGAGGUGAGCUCAGGUGAGGAGGUGAGCUUGUAGACGCGAGGGGAGCGAGACGGCAUGUGUGCGCCGUGUGCCUCCUCUCGAUCGACCGCGUGUGCGUGCCUGUACCGGUUACUGCACGUGCAAGCGUGCGUGUUUGGUUGUGUGGGAGGUAUAGGGCUUAGGGGAGGAGAAACUAGCAACUGGGGACCCAGAUCCAGCUUCUUUAUCAGGAAGGGUCGUCAGGAGCACACCCGGCGGUAGCGGUAGCGGUGGCUGGCGCGGGCGGUUUUGGUGGGUGUGAAGAAUUUGGGUUGUCCUUGUUGUUGUUGGUGGUGGUGGUGGUGGGGUUGCGAUGGAUGGAGUUGUGCGGACUGCAGUAGACACGUAUCGUUAGUUGGAUGGGAGGGUUCAUGCCAAUGGAUGUCAUGGCAGCGUUCCCAUUGCUCCCAUUGAAGUUGGCGGCGCUUCAAAGGGAAAGGGAAGGGGUUCUUGUUGAGUAUAAGGCUAGUCUCCGGAUUUUGCGGAUCUCGUGAGUUCUUAUGAAGAGAUUCUUGAAUAGACUUGAUUCCCCCUGGUGGGUUUAUGGAUUGGGUAGUUGUUUCAGCCAAUUGGAUUCAUGGUUUGUACGUUUGCGAAUAUGCGUCAUUGGGCCCCUUAGGACAGUUGGCGGUAUGCCGGAAAGGAUGAAGCUUUACCCCAACGCCUGAUCCGUUUGGUUUCCCUUCCAACGAAAUGCUUCCUGUGGCCUUUGACGUUCACUUAUGGUCGCGAUUUGGGUUCAUUUAGCACGCAGGAGACUCAAUAGUCACCUUAACGUUUGGGGUGCGUCGUUUGAGCUCGACUGACCCAUGGGUCACUGCACCAGGGCAGGUUUAUUGUUGUCGUAGGAUAUGGAACGUACGACGAUCGCGUAGCAGGAGGGAAGCUUGGGGGUUGCAGAAUGCGCAACUUUGGAACAGGAGGACGUUGGUUUAACGAGGUUUUUGUGCAUACUUGCAGCGUCGAACUCGACGCACGUUUUCUUAUCAAGGCCACCGAAAACGCAAUUGCUUGCUCUGGGUAUGCAAUCGUAGCGACGUAGAGUGUGUUAUUGCGUGUGUAUGUUAUUUUGAGAAAAAUAAUUACGGAAUGUCGUACGUUCUUUAACCCGUUGACCCGUACACCUGUAAACGUUUUAUGUCAUCGCAGGCCUGUUCAUAACCCGUUCAGGGCCAUGUAACAACGGUAUUGG